CUGACUCAAGUGAUUGAGGAUUUUGUCGUACGUGCGCGCCGUCUCCAACAUAUCAUAGAUAGCACCGUUUGCAUCUUCACACUCUCUCUCUCUCUCUCUCUCUCUCUCUCUCUUUCUCUCUCCUCACACCCUUCGCAGGAAAGGAGCAGUAACCAAAUAUAGACAGUGAAGAAGGAAAGUUGGUGGGGUUAGGGAGGGGGUUUGGGUGGUGAGGAAUUUAUAUAAUUAGAAAUGGCUGGUAUGGUAGAAAAGGAACAAAAAAUUAUUGGAAUUAACGAAGAGAAAGAGGAGCAAGGGAGUGAGGGGAACAACAAACACACACAAUUGGAGAGUGGUCAAGGGGACAGAGACAUGGCUCCUGCGGCAGGGAAUUCAAUUCAUAGGUCGGGUUCAAGGCCUCAACUUGAUGUUAGCAAAGCAGAAAUUCAAGGGAAUGUGGAGGAGAAGUAUCCCACCAUUUUGUUGCCUAAUCAAUCUGAUGAUUUAUCUCACCUGGCUCUUGACAUUGGAGGGUCUCUGAUAAAGUUGGUGUACUUUUCAAGACAUGAAGACCAAUCAGCCGAUGAUAAAAGGAAGAGAAUUGUGAAGGAGAGACUGGGGCUUUCUAAUGGCAACCGGAGAAGCUACCCUAUUCUUGGUGGAAGGCUUCACUUUGUGAAGUUUGAAACGAUAAAGAUUAAUGAGUGCUUGGAUUUCAUUCAUUCAAAGCAGCUUCACUGUGGUGGGUUGGAGUCACGUUACUCUGAUGUUAUGAGUCAACGGAAUGGCAUAAUUAAGGCUACUGGUGGCGGAGCAUACAAGUAUGCUGACCUUUUCAAAGAAAGACUUGGGGUUAGUCUUGACAAAGAAGAUGAAAUGGAUUGUCUUGUGGCAGGAGCAAAUUUUUUGCUUAAGGCAAUUCGUCAUGAAGCUUUCACGCACAUGGAGGGCCAAAAAGAGUUUGUUCAAAUUGACCCUAAUGAUUUAUUCCCCUAUCUUCUAGUUAAUAUUGGAUCUGGUGUUAGUAUGAUCAAGGUUGAUGGGGAUGGGAAAUUUGAGAGGAUUAGUGGGACAAAUGUUGGUGGAGGUACUUAUUGGGGCUUGGGAAGACUCUUAACAAAGUGCAAGAGUUUUGAUGAGUUGCUUGAGCUGAGUCAGAAAGGAGAUAAUAGAACUAUUGACAUGCUAGUUGGGGACAUUUAUGGUGGCUUGGACUAUAAUAAGAUUGGCCUAUCGGCUGCCACUAUUGCUUCAAGUUUUGGCAAAACAAUAUCUGAAAAAAAGGAGCUUGAAGAAUACAGGCCUGAAGAUAUAUCACUAUCACUUCUACGGAUGAUUUCUUACAAUAUUGGCCAGAUAUCUUACUUGAAUGCAUUGCGAUUCCGGUUGAAGCGAAUCUUUUUUGGAGGAUUUUUUAUACGGGGUCAUGCCUAUACCAUGGACACUAUUUCUUUUGCUGUUCAUUUCUGGUCUAAUGGGGAAGCACAAGCAAUGUUCUUGCGACAUGAAGGAUUUCUGGGAGCUUUAGGUGCAUUUAUGAGUUACGAAAAGCAUGGUUUAGAUGACCUCAUGGUGCAUCAGUUGGUUGAAAGGUUUCCAAUGGGUGCACCAUAUACAGGAGGCAAGAUUCAUGGCCCACCACUUGGAGAUUUGAAUGAGAAGAUUUCGUGGAUGGAGAAGUUUUUGCAGAAGGGAACUGAGAUUACAGCUCCUGUGCCAAUGACUCCACUUGCUGGAACUACUGGACUUGGGGGUUUUGAAGUUCCUUUGUCAAAGGGAAGUACUCUGCGAUCAGAUGCAAGUGCUCUAAAUGUUGGUGUUCUCCAUCUAGUACCAACUUUGGAAGUGUUUCCCUUAUUAUCAGACCAAAAAUUGUAUGAGCCCAAUACCAUUGAUCUUUCAGAUCACAAUGAAUUAGAAUAUUGGUUCACUAUUUUGUCAGAACACUUACCGGAUCUUGUGGACAAGGCUGUAGCAAGUGAAGGUGGAACUGAUGAUGCCAAAAGAAGGGGUGAUGCAUUUGCUCGUGCAUUUUCAGCCCACUUGGCAAGGUUGAGGGAGGAGCCUUCUGCAUAUGGGAAGUUAGGCCUGGCUAAUCUAUUGGAAAUGAGGGAAGAAUGCUUGAGGGAAUUCCAGUUUGUUGAUGCCUAUAGAAGUAUCAAGCAGAGGGAAAAUGAGGCAUCACUUGCUGUUUUACCUGACUUGUUGGUGGAACUUGAUAGUAUGGAUGAGGAAACAAGAUUGCUGACCCUAAUUGAAGGUGUUCUUGCUGCAAACAUUUUUGACUGGGGAUCUCGUGCAUGUGUGGAUCUCUAUCAUAAAGGAACUAUUAUUGAAAUUUACAGGAUGAGUCGUAAUAAAAUGCAGAGACCUUGGCGGGUGGAUGAUUUUGAUGUCUUCAAAGAGAGAAUGUUAGGAACCAAGGACAAGAAAAUGCCACCUCAUAGAAGAGCUUUACUUUUUGUUGAUAAUUCAGGUGCUGACAUUGUUCUAGGGAUGCUUCCUCUGGCACGGGAGCUCCUCCGUCGUGGAACUGAAGUAGUUCUUGUUGCAAACUCACUUCCUGCUUUAAAUGAUGUGACAGCAAGGGAGCUUCCUGAUAUUGUAGCUGAGGCUGCCAAGCAUUGUGACAUUCUAAGGGGAGCUGCUGAAGCUGGAGGCUUGCUUGUGGAUGCAAUGAUUAAUACUUCAGGCAGCUCUAACGAAAAUUCAUCUUCAGUUCCAUUGAUGGUUGUUGAGAAUGGGUGCGGUAGUCCAUGUAUAGACUUAAGACAGGUCAGCUCUGAGCUAGCUGCUGCUGCAAAAGACGCCGAUUUGAUAAUUUUGGAAGGUAUGGGUAGGGCUCUUCAUACUAACCUCAAUGCUCGGUUUAAGUGUGAUGCUUUGAAGUUGGCAAUGGUAAAAAACCAGAGAUUGGCUGAAAAGUUGGUUAAAGGGAACAUAUACGACUGUGUUUGCAAAUAUGAGCCUGCUAAUUGAAAGCUUCUAUGAACUGUGUUAAUUCAAUCGGUAUACUUGGAGAACUAUGUAUAUGUUUUUCCUUUUCUUUUUUUGGUUUUUUGGUAAUAGAGGGGGCCAAAGCCCGGAACACUCAUUCCUUUUAUUUUACAAAUUUUGGACCGGAAGCCUCUGUCGAAUUUGUGGAGUAAUGAUAGUUUAAAAUAAAACAUGGCGAAUGAUAGUGUUCAAAUUUAGCAUUUAACCCCUAUGCUCUUUUUAUCUUACUUUUGUGCAUGAGUAUAAUCUUUUGUUUCCUGUAAUUUGAUCCUAAGAGUAACAUUUUGUUUUUUAGUUUAUUAAAGUUUCACU